ACCUGCGUAGGCUCGCCACUCCAUUUCGCUGCUCGCAACUCUUUGAGGAAAUGCCUCAUGCUGUUGAUUAGGUUGUAAUUUCCCCCUGCCUACUAACGGCCUGGCUGCCCCAGAUUAUCCUUGCGUAGCCAAAGCUUAAAUUCCCUCUCUCCCAUCUCAGAGAAUGCAUCGCUCGGGCGUCCGGACCCGGCCCGUCCACCAGCAUGUCUAGCUCCAGCACUUCGCCCGAAGAAGUAGGCGAUCACGAUGUCAAUGACACCCUCGACAUCGCCAUCAUCAUUUCCUCCGCCAUCGCCGUCUAUAACGGCCUCGAGCUAUCCAUCUACCUCCCCUCCACCUUCCACCGCUAUCGCAGCCUCUACUUCUGGUCCAUGAUGACCUCCGCCCUCCUCGGCGUCAUCCCAGCCUCCAUCGGCGGCGUCCUGCAGUUCUUCGGCCGCCAUCCGCUCUGGGUCAGCAUGAUCCUACAAAACGUCGGCUUCAUCCUCAUGGUGCCAAAUCAGUCGGUCGUGCUUUACUCGCGCCUGCACCUGAUCUCGCCCGAUAAGAUCAUCCUCCAGAUCGUGCGGUGGCUGAUUGUGGGCUGUCUAGUGCUGAUAUGUAUCCCGACCAUCACACUCAAUUCCGGCUCGAGUUACCUCCCCCAUUCACCACAGUGGGUCCGGGCGUACUUCAUCAUGGAGCGGUUCCAGAUAACCUGGUUUACCAUCCAGGAGUGUUUCAUUUCAGGCGUGUACAUCUACUACACAACACAGCUGAUCCGACUCGUCCCGAGCGACGACAAGCGGCGGCAUAAGAUCCUGCUCCAGCUGCUGGUCAUUAAUGUGAUUGUGAUUGUGAUGGACUUGGUGCUUGUUGUUCUGCAGUAUUUGAAUUAUUAUUAUACGCAUGUGAUUUUUAAAGCCACUGUGUAUAGCGUCAAGCUGAAGUUGGAGUUUGCGGUGUUGGGCAUGUUGAUUGCGAUGGUGCAUCGGCGCGGUUCCGAUGAGUUUUGGGAGACGGGGCAGUCGCCGACGCACUUUUCGUGAUAUAUAUAAUAAAUAUUGUCACUG